CUUCAGUGAUUUGUAAGUGUUUAUAGGCCCGUAGUUUAACACAGAUCAGAAUCAUCAUCAUCACAGAACAACAAUGACUUUCAUCAUCAUUUUUAUCUCAAUGCUUGCUGUAUUUUAUCAGGAGUGCCGAGGACAGGUCGUCAUCAUCACUCAGACACCGUUAAUAACAGUAGCCCAACCAGGACAAGAAGUACGACUAAACUGCAAAGCCAACAGGCCGGUGCAUCUUAAUGACCACAUGACUUGGUACUUCAGGGAACAUGGAGGAGCUACUAAACUACUCAUAUACCGUGCCACAAAUCGAUUCACUGGAGUUCCUUCUAGAUUUACAGGAAGUGGACAUGGAGCGGACUUCACUCUGACCAUCAGUGGAGUCCAGCCUGAAGAUGCAGGACAUUACUUCUGUCAGAGUGACCACACUGGUGCAAUAGUCACACGGUGAUAAAGAGCUGUACAAAAACCUCCGUCACACUACACUGCAUUGAUACAGCUGAGAGACACUGCAGCUGCUCACACACACACACACACACACACAAAACAUUCCUCCUCCUAGAAAACAUCUUCCCAGCUGAAGACAAGCAUUCAGAUCAUUUCAAAGACAACAGAAGUGAUUAUGAAAUUACAUAC